AACCAGGCUCCCCUCGCAAACUCGGCUGCGAGGGUUUAUGGUCUCUCGCUGUUGUUGCUGCUGCUCGUCCAGCUAUGGAUUUGAAGCUCUCCCGCUUCCAAGAAUGGUGAAUGCGAAGCACCGGUGGCCUCGUGCCAGCCUCCGUAUUGAGUUCCUGUCGCUCUGACCACUCUCGCGAUCUCUUUCUCUCUUUGUUUUGUGAAUUGAGUUGUGGGAAACAGCACUGCUUGGACUUUUGUAGGGCCAGAGUUCACUGAGAGUUUCUGGCAACUAAGCUGCAGGGAUACUCAUUUUUGAGACCUUAGGAUUGGUGUCAUCACAGAAAAUGUAAGAGUGGGACUUGUUGUGCCCGCUUUAGAAUUUUUUUCAGUUAUUUUUUUGUCGUUGUUUGAGGACUAAGGAGAGGUAUGCUGAAUCGGUAUAUCGGGGGGAGAAAUGGGAGCGUUUGUUGUCGAAGAUGACCCUGCUGUUGAGAAGACGCCCCCUGUGUCUGAAGUAGGCAAGGGUGAUGAUCAAUCCCUGGGGGAAGCUUCGCGAAAGGAGAAUACAUUGAAGGCGAACAAGAAGAAGCGGAAAACGAUUUUUCAAUACGGCAAUUAUAACCAGUACUAUGGGUACCGGGUUGGCAGCGCUCUUGGAACAGAUCCACGUAUGCAUUUAAUGCAGAAGACCUGGUUUGAUAACAAGGACGUUAUUGACAUUGGCUGCAACGAAGGUGUCUUUACCAUUUCUUUAGUUCAGAAAUACCGUGUGCGAAGCAUGUGUGGCAUUGACAUCGACCCUGGAUUAAUAAACAAAGCUUCGAAAAAUUUGGAACAGGCAGCUGGAAACACCGGUGGCAGGACUGUAAAUAGUAUAUACGUUUGGGAUGAUUACGUUUGUGAGAAUGAGCUCGACUAUGAUGAUAAGGAUGCAAGGAAGUUUUCCGUUUCGGAUGUGAUCCCAGAAUCGACGGCGAGUGACAACGUUGUGGAUGGACUACAGGGAAAAGAGCUUUUAGAAAGAGUGAUUUUCAAGCAUGCUAACAUACUCCACUGUAAUUUACGCAGCAACGUUGUUGAUACUGUUCUAUGCUUGAGUGUAGUAAAAUGGAUACACUUGAAUUGGGGAGAUGAGGGCCUUGUCGAGUUUUUUAUCCAGACCUAUCGAGCCCUUCGCCCGGGUGGCGCAUUUAUCUUGGAGCCCCAACCGUGGUCGUCAUAUUUGAGGAAUUUCAGAGUAUCAGAGGCAUGCCGCCAAAAUUUCAGAACCAUGAUCCUUCGACCAGAUCACUUUCCUGGAAUAUUACUUGAACAUGUUGGAUUUAAGUUCUGUGAGGAAAUUAGUCUUGAAGUUCCCAACAGCACCCAAGGGUUCAGCCGGCCCCUCUACUUGUUCACCAAGUGAUUUAGAUAGCUAUUAAAAUUUCCUGAGAUGUGCGAGGUCCGGUCCGCGGAGAAUUUCAUGCCAAGUUUUUUGGAGGGCUGAAAGCCACCUUCAAAGUGGACGGUGUGUGCAACUAUUUUUGGGAUUAAGACAUUACAGGACAUUGAAAUCAGCUGGCGAUCGUCAAAGCUGAGGGUAUUGAGUGUGCAGGAUAUGUUUUUUAUGUCAGCACAUCAUAAUCUGCUAUAUGUGUUCGCAUUGACCAAAUUGUCAUGUACUCAGAUUGGAACACAGCACUUGGUGCCCCUGAUCUUGCACUGCUCUCUACUGUUUCAGUUUCUGCCCUAUUCCAAAAUGAAUAAGCUUGUAAAUUGCAAAAAUAUUUGGAAAGAUGUACAUGUUUUCCAACA